AGGGAUCCAACCCACAACCUCAUGGUUCCUAGUCAGAUUCAUUAACCACUGAGCCACAAUGGGAACUCCGACUUCUAUUUAUCAUCAUAGUAACAUUUGCCAAAAAUGUUUAAACAUGAAUUAGCUUCCUGGAGAUGUUCCUUCAGUAGCUUCUGUAGAACUGGUUUGGAAGUGCUGAAUUCUCUUAGCUAUUGCUUGUUUGCAAAGAUUUUUAUCUCUCCAUCAAAUCUCAAUGAAAAUCUUGCUGUGUAGGUUAUCCUUGGUUCUAGGUACUUCCCUUUUAUCACCAUAAAUGUAUCUUGCCACUCCCUUCUAGCUUGCAGAGUUUCUGCUUUUCCGUUGUGGCUAUACAUGUAAGACUGGGUCACUAUGCUUUACAGCAGAAAUUGACACAAAACUGUAAAUCAACUAUACUCUAAUAAAAAAUAAAUUAAUUAAUUAAAAAAAAGAAUGUUUAAACACUUUCUUCUUUUCUUCCUUUUAGCUGUUUAGAUGAGGAUCACCAGUGACCUAGGGAGGCACAUUUAAAAAGCAGCAGAGGGUUACCACACCUGUAAGUUCAUUAUAUGCUCUUCUUAAGGAAUUGCAAUGCCUUACCCUGGAAACAUUACAUGAGAGGCUGUAUCUCUGACCCCCUCACUGCUCGCUUUAGAGGUCUCUAAAUACUUGGAUCAUUAGUGCUUCCUGGACCCACCUCUAUCUUAAAAGAACACUAUCAGUCCCUUUGCUUCAUUGAUAAAAUCUUUCUUGGCCACUUGAUCUUAUCCCCUGGGACUUUGAUCUAGUCAUCACUUCCUACAGAUCAAUUUGCUGUCCUGCCCCAGUGCCUGUGAGUUUGGGGGUCUCCAUGUCACUCAGUUCUAUUUUGUGUCCCUGGUCCUUUCAAAAUGGAUUACGUCCUGGACUAGAUCCUAUUCGCUCAUGUCUUCCCUUAGUCUUGACGUAUUGCUUGUUCUAAUCUAGCAGUUUGAGGUCUAUUUCUCGCCUUUCUCUUCACCUUUCAUCUGCUAUUGCUUAUCCUGUAGUGUCAUCCAUAAUCACCAGUGAUGGAACUGCCUUGGAUCUGGUUGCUUUUAUGGUGUUUUGAGGGUAUAGUUAAAGUAUUAUCAAAUAGGAAGUUACAACUCUAACCUAUAAGAGUCCUUCUUGAUUGUGACAACAUCACAAUUGAAGAAGCACUUCAAUUUCAGGCAAGGUAAAAUCCUCUUUCAAAGGAGAGCUAUCAAUAAUCCAGAAAUAUGAAAAAAACAAGACUUGGAAGGAGAGGCAUAUCUGAGACAAGAUUUGGAAGCUGGCUAACCCUGAAUAAUUUUGAUUAUAUUAUCUAAUAAUUGGCAAAGUAUUCAUUAGUUUUUCAGGAUAGAUACAAAAUUCAGCUUGUUUUCAAUUUCUUGGAUUAUGCUAACUACACAUUUCUUUAAUUACAGGGAGAUGGUUCAGACUUUUGUUCAUAGACUCACUUCUCUCCAGGGCUGUUUCUCCUCAAAAUGAACAACUUUUGUGAAGAGGAGAAAAUAGAUUCAAGAAAGGAAGAAUAUCUAAGAUAACAAUUAAAUAUGCUUAUGUUAUAGUCCCACAGACUAAUCUAGUGCUGCCUCUUGUACCUGAGACAUACUAUGCUAGCCUCAAAUUAAUACUCUUUUUUACUUAUAGUAUUUAUUUUUGGUCUCACCCAAUCCUCACACAUGUGUUUCACUCUCGCACAUGCUUUUCAUAGAGCAUACGCAGAAUGAAGAGUGCCCAUUGUUGGAAAAAAUAAUCUGAGAUUAAAAGAAAAAAUCUCUUUGGCUAACAGAUUUUUUUAAGCUUGACUAAAGAUAAGAAGGUUAUUACAUCUUAAUCUACUCUGGGCUAAAACAUCCUACCAGAGCUGGACUAUGAAAAUAUCCCCACCACGAGCUACACAUGUUUGUUUUCUGCCUUUUGAACACUGGCUCUCAUUUAUCUCUGAAUGCCGUUUUGGGCUGUGCUCAACACAGAGACAUGACAGCUUUUAGUUAGCCUUUUAAGGGGAACUUUGCAAAAUGGCUUUCACAUCCGUAUUAGAGACUGGCUGGCAGUGAAAAUAUUUACAGUGAGAGAAUUCUUUUUUGUUCCCAUUCUCUAUUGUUGUAAUUGCUGUCAUCUCUGUGACUGUUAUCUCCCAACCAGCUAGCCAGCAGCCCCUAGGUAUCUAUUUUGAGGGUGAGAGGCUUGCCUUGCUUGCGUGGAUAGAAAUGGGGUUUAUUCUUGACAAUUGACAACUGAAGUGUCACCUUUCCCUCAGGUGGUUUCCGAAUUAGAAUUUGUUCUCUGCAUGCAGUGUCAGGAAAUGGAAGAAUAGAAACACAGAAUCUCUUUGCUGCAAAGCAAACAGGAUCAGGACAGACUGGGAGCUGAGAAAAGUCAUACUGGAAAUAUCUCCAAGGUCCUGGCCCCUUGUGAAGAUGUGCUAGUUGAGAGGGUUACUCAGAUGGCUCAAAUGUCCUCUAGCCUUAAGUGAACUUGACUAAUGCUGGGCUUGGUGAUUUUUAUCUCAAAAUAGUGAUUUGGUUAAGAAUUGAAAUUACCUUUUUGAAUGUGCCAUCUAUUACUGUAACUUUGCACUCAAAUUCCCAUUCUUAAGUAGUUAAUGAAGGUCAAAUGUGCAACAGUCAGAGAGCAGUGAAGUGAAUCACCCAGGAUGUUUUAAUUGUGAUGCUCUUGAUAGCAUAGAUUAUUUUAAAUGGCUGUGGGAAAACACUGGUCACAAAUGGAUCAGGACAGUUUGUGGACUUUGAUGGGGGGAUUGUUCUGUGGUUGAAAGAAUAAUCAGGCUCAAAAAUACCUGAGCAUCUUGUUUGCCAGUAUUUUGUUUCAUAUAUAACUUUUCACUGUUUCCAGGACUAUAUGAGGUUUGGAGGGGAACUGAGUUAAUCACUUUUUAUGUCAUGGAGAACUUGAUAGGAUCCUUAAUCCAUAAAAUGUUAAACAUCCCAAGAUAAAAUGUACUGUUGUUUUUAGAACCUAUUUGGGUUACUCACCUCCUCCUCUCUUUUUCUCCCUCUUCUUUUUCUCUUUUUCUCCCUCUUUUUCUCUUUUUCUGUUGUUUUAUCUUUUGUUAAGCUCUUCAAUUUUCACUAACAUCUCUCUCUCUCCCCUCCAUGACUUUCCUCCAUUUUCAUCUCAUGGCCAGGGAACUUGUAGUUUGUUAAAAAGUUUAUUUGGACACAUUUGCUCUGAGAUAUUGUGAGAAAGAUGCAUACAGGCUUGAAUAAACCUCUGUGAUCUAAACUUUCUGUUUUAGAGGACUUAUGCAAAGUUAGGCAGUGGUCAGAAGCUGCAGACAGCUCAAAAUUGUUAUGAUAUCCUAUAUUAAAAGAGUUUAUCAUUCGCCUAAAAUUGAUACUAUAUGUGAAAUAGUCCAAUACUCGGGCAUUCUCCUGGAAAGUUUGAAGGAAAUAUUGAGAGAGAUACUCUUCUUUCUGCAUUUUGAGAUACUAGCCAUCUUUAUGAUAUUUUUGCAGAGUCAAAGCUCUCUCACCCCUAAAGAGAGAUCACAUCUCCCUAACAUCUUCCACAGAAUGGAGCCAGUGAAGUGUUCAGUGAACAGAACUCAUCAGAGAAGAUCAAACGAGUCAAUGUGCCUAGGUUCACCAUCAUUACAAAGAAAAGCAAUUAGAGCAUCUGAAUCUAGUAACAAUGCUAUAGCAUCUCAUACAAAUUCGAGCUAAUGUUUCAGCAUUUGCUACAUCAUCAGAAAACUAUUAAGUUCAAGGUAGCUUCCUCCUUCAUUACUAGUGUAUUUUAGCAAAGCGCCUUGUUAAAAUAUUCCUUGGUGUGUAAGCACAUUUUUAGGUUUAUUUUCUUAUACUAACCAGGAAGACAUAUCCUUAAACUGCAUAGAACAAAUGUAGUGUUUUUCAUUAAUAAUAUACACAAUAUAAAAAUAGUAAACAGUAUUAAAAGGUAUAAUAUAAACUAGAAAAUAAUAGUAAAAUAGUAAAUAGGGACAUAGUAAAUUUUUUACUACAUACACAGACACAUAGUAUAUAUACAAAUAUUUCAUGUUGAAACAUAAAAGAUACUAGCUUGGAAUUUUAUCACAGUUGUUUUACUUCCAAUAUUGUUUGUCAAACCCCAAUGGCCACCUUCCAAAUUUGGCAAGUUUUAGGUGAAUUCACUGUUAGAAGCGGAGAAGUCAAUGUUCUUUAAUAUGCGUAUUGAUUUUACUGUGGCAAUAGAUUAAGAUCAGAAUGAAAAGUGAACCCUUUUCUCUGGGGUAUGAUAGAGCCAGCCUAGGUAAAUAGAAUUCUUUUAAGUAGGAAGCACACGCAAUAUAAUUUUAGACAGAAAAAGUAAAAGAUUGUUAAGGAAAGACUAGAAGAGUUUAAAAUUAAAUGUAUGUGGUCCUUUGCUUAAAAAAUCUAGCAGAUAUAAAACAUGACAAGUAUUGAAUAGAAAUUAGAAAAAAAUCCUCUACUUACCAUAAUAGUUCUUCAACUUAAAAUAAAAUUACUUAAAGUAUUGAUCUCCUUGAGACUAUUUAAGAUUUGUGACUUUUUUUUAGAACAUGUCCAUUCAUGGUAAAAGAUAAAAUGUAUCUUCACAGCUUUGCUUGACAUUUUAUCAGGGAAAUGUCUUUUCUUUCUUUCCAUUAUAUUUUGUGUAUAUGAAUAUAAACAUGACUUAAGUCUGACUGCUGGGAAACAGAGACCUAACACUCAUAGCACAUUGUUCUAGGAUGCAUGGGCUGUUGAUUAAAAUAAUAUCCCAAUCUCUUGGGUCCUUUAUUUGGAAUGAUGGUUUAUAGUGUUACUUCUUUUCCUGCCUUUGGUAUCAGAGAAAUCAAGAAAUGUAAUGUCUUAGUUGUUCAAAGCAGAGUUGGUUAAAAGAAUUAUCUUUCCCAUCCAUGCAGGAAUAUUAUGGCUGAAAAGAAGGAACUUGAAUAAGUUAUCACAAAGUUGUCUUAAAGUUGGGAGAAAUUUUUAAAAAUAGUAUUAAACUUGCCCAUAUCAAAAACUUUUUUAAAAAGAAUAUUGAGUUGAAGAAGUUUGAACACUUUUAGUAAAUUUUCAGAGAUGUUCAUAGCAGAAGAAUUAGGAAGUUAUGAAAGCCAUGCCAUUAGAAGCACAUCAGUUUUGUGCUUGCAGUAUUUUCAUGUAAAUAGUACUGUUUGGGGUUAUGGUAAGAUCAUGCUAAUGAAGGUUUGCUUCCAAAAUUAAUUAUCAUCCAUGGUCAAUGUAUGGUUAAUAUCCUAUUAUGGAAUUAUUGACUAUUGAUAGUCUUUUUUGCCUUGUAAAUAACUGUUUUAAAAUUGAUUCAAUCAUAUCUAAAUUGUCAACUGUAUCUACUUAGCAGUUCACUGGCUUAUAGCCAUACAAGGCCAAUUCUUAUCCAUCCUUCAAGAUUGUGGUAGGUGAUAGCCACCCUCUCCCUAUUCCUUUUUCUCCCUUAGUAAUAAGUUUUAUUUGUGUCUUUUAGGUACACAACUAAAAGAAUAGAUUUUUCAAAAAUAUUUUCUGGCAGUUAGGUUUACCAUGAGACUGCUUUGGACAAUGCUAUAUAGGUGGAAGUGUUGUAUGCAAAGGUUAGAAGGUGCCACAAAAGGGUUUUACUCAAUUGGAAAAGGUGUCACUUUGUUUUUUUCUAUAUCGCCCAUCUUGCUCUCUCGAGUGAGUCCAUGAUUCUGGGAGCUUUGGCCAUAUCCAGGGCCCAAAGCGGCCUUGAGGAUGGAAUUGACUUGUUAGGCUGCUGGAACAGAGAAAUAAAAGAACCUGGGUCCCUGGUAACUACAGGACUACCAUGCCAGCUCUGGACACUUUACCUAUCAAAUUACUUCAUUUGAGAGAAAUAAACGUACUUUUGAGCAAGUGUUACAAUGAGUUUUCUAUUUUUACAAAGCACUUCAUAAUUCAUAUUGCUUAAAAAUCAAAAUGAGUCUUUCUAAUUCUAAAAUCUAGUAUAGAGAGGGAUGAACACUUGAAACAGCAUAUAUUUUUGGAAAAUCACUGUAGGACCUAUUCAAAAGAUAUGAUUUUAGUCCUUUUGUCAUGAUGCUAUAGUCAUGUGAGUUUUGGUAAAUUACUUCCCCUCUCUGAGUAUCAUUUUGCUCUCUAAAAGCAGAGAUCUGAAUCCAUUAGUAUUAACAUCCUAUCCUAGACCAUUUGAGAAACAUUUUCCUUGCAACCUGGAAGGUACCUAAAAUUCAAGAUGAGGAAGAGGACAAAAUGCCUAAGUCCAGCACUUACCUCUGAAGAGAAUCCAUGUGUCCUGGAGGGGAUCAGCAGUUGCAUCUCAAAUUCUUCCCAGAAGCAACUGUGUUAACAUCCACAGUGAUAGUAGUGCUGCCAUUGAUAACAUUCUUUCUCCUCCUCAGUCUCCACAGGAAGCAGUCAACCUAAAAUGUAAUUACAUGGAAAAAAUAUGCAAUCACAGUAAUGAGAAGAUGAUAUGGUAGCAGGUAAUGUGGUAGCAGAAGUUGUAGGCUAUAGGGAAGGAAUAUUAAAGAUGGUAAAAUCUAGAACAAAUCAAUAUUCCCAACCAUGUGCAGUGAAGAGAAACUGCCAGACUCCUAAAACCUGAAAAAUAUCUUAAAAGUUUUACCAGAGGUAUUUUCUCACAUAUGUACUUAACCAAGAAAAGGUAUCAUGAUUCUAGGUCAUAAAAAUUGUAGCUAGGAUAGAGCUGGGUAAAAUAAUUUUAUUUCUAGAAGAAGAUAUUGGGGCCAAUGACAGACAUGAUUGCACAAAUCAUUGCAAACCCUGCUGGCUUGCUGUUUGCAAUUCCAUUUAAUGUACAUUCAAAUUUAUUUCAUAACAAUUAUAUCAAGGUCUAAGAAUCCUGGAUGACCAUUGCCAGUAUUUUGGAUCUUUGGAUAAUGCUUAACCUUUCUAAAACUUUACUGUUUGUUUCCCCUUUUCACUUAUUCUGUGUUUGUUUACCCAAGAGCUAGGAAGAAGGACUGAAAGAAAAUAGACAAAUGCUCAGCUUUGCUUCUACCACAACCACUGUGCUCUGCCAGCAGUGGAGAUCCUUGUUAAUAAAGUCAGCAGUUUCCUUAUUGCCUCUCACAGCAGGGAGUGGCCUGCUUCAGAUACCAGAUGAAACCCUGUAAACCUUUUGUCCCAGAGACCUUGUUGAAGAAUCAAUGACAUUUCCCUAAUUGAAUCCUUGUUGAAUGAUUACUGCUAUUUGAGUGAAGGAGCUUCUUAAUUAUUACCCUCAAGAUGUUUAGGACGUAGUAAUUCUUGGAAUUUCUGCUUACAUAUUACCUAAGUAGUCUUCCAAGAGUGCAAUAACUGAUAUUAGAAAGAUUUUGUAUAUUAAUCUAUAAGAGUAAUGAUUGUAAUAGAAGACAAAACAAAAUAAAUUUGAAUUGUCAUUAACUUUAUUUCAUCAUCUUGCUUUACCCUCUUCUCUAGCUGUAAAUCAAGGGAAAUUAUGGAUUCUACCCUCAAGACAUACACAUUUCUGUACUUUCUUCAAAAGAACCCCACUUCUUCAUUAUUCUGUACAUUUGUCUUUACUGUCUUCUUCCUCAGGAUAGGAUUUCCUUUGCCUCUUUGCUGGAGGAAAUCUGCCUCCUAUGCUUCAAUUAGUUUAAAUACCUCUUGGUCAUGACUUCUCCAAAUUUUCAGUUUCUCAAAUGCUAUAUUAUAAAAAUUGUUUAAAUUUAUCCCCCCCCACUCCAUUCUAAAUUUUUGCCCUGACUUUAUAAUUCCACGUAUCUCAAAAAACACUUGAAGGAAUUCAAAGCAGACAGAGGACAUGAAGGUAAAGUAGAUGUUCUCUCCUUAAUGACCCUUCAGUAUUUGGUUUAGACCAGUUUGCCCCAUCAAAGUGGUUUCUGGGAAACAAGACUACUCUAAUGAUUCUGUGGAAGGAAAGCAAGAUGGACCGAAUACACUUUGUAAAAGCCACAUAUUAUAUUCCCCCGUAUGGUGAGUAACAGUGCAUGAAUGUACUCAUGGGCUUAUUUAUGCAUUCUUCAAAUGAUUCUUGCAUGCUUACAAGCAUGUCAAACUCAAGUUAAUUUGCAUAGGUGAGUCCACAGUUGCCAGGAGGAACAGUUAUUUAACUUCCAAAUAAUUUUAUUCACUUACCUGUCCUCUUCCUGGCUAAGAGAACCCAGAUUUUUCUUUCUAGCAACAAGAAUCCCAUCCUCUGAGGUUGUUGAAUCAUAAAUAAAUGGUGGCAAUCAGUGUUUAGAGUAGGGAUAAUAAUAUGGCACAGUUUCAGCCAAUGAGAUAUGAGGCGAAUGUGUUGGGGAAGGGAAUCUUUAAAAAAAAAUUUCCUUGAUCAAAAUUCAAAUAGGUAAAAGAGAAAGGCUUUGUCUCCCAGAGUCCUCCCAUCCCUGUCUUAAUAAUGUCAUGUGAUAUAUGAUGCCUAGAGGACCCAGAACCACCUAAUGAAUAUGAGGAAAAGGUUAAGAGAACUUCCUUGAAAAACCUCAAUUCCUUGGCAUUGUUAAGUCACCAAAUCGAUCUGAAAACCAGCUAUGUCUAGAUUUAUUUUAUGGUUUUAUUAUCUAAGUCACUACUAAUUGAGUAGCAUAAGUCAUUAUAACAUUACUUAUCGCCCAAAAUAUUCCCACUCAUGAUUUUCAAAUACCAAAAAUACUUCAGCAUUUCUUGCAAACCUACAAUGUAUAUGAUAUGACCUGAUAAGUUAUAUAAAAGAAAACAUAGACUUGGCUUCAUUUCUUUUCUUCAGGAAGUCUGGUAGCAUAUACAAAAAUGGUAAUAAUAAAAAUGGGAUGAAAAGCUGAAUAACAUACAGCAAAAAUGACGAGGAAUAAGAGAGGACUCUGCUUAGUUAGAGAGAAUAGGGGAAAUUCCCCAAAGCAGUUUGCAUAUAAUAAAUCUGCAUCUUAUAGAAGUAUUAGGGUUUAAGUAAGCAAAGAUAGGAAACAGGUAUUUCAGGCCUAUAUAUAAGCGUAUAUAUAAAUAUGAAAAUGCCACAGAGAAGUAAAUGCAUUUGUUCUAGUGAAUGGUCUGAUGAAGUUAUCUAGUCUUAUAAAUUUAAUUACAUAUAUACUUGGAAAUAACUUAGAUGUGUGUAUGUGCACGCACACUUUAGAAUAUUUUAAAGGCUUUAAAAUGCUACUUUACACUUAGCUUGGAUUUUACCUUUUACCUUAGCUGUGGUACCACUCUAAGUCAUUCUCUUAAUUAACUCUUUUUUUUCCUUCAUUAUCUGUAUCUCUCUGUUUAUGUGUAUAUAUGUAUUCGUGUGUAUAUAUAUAUUUAUAUAUUAGGUUGUCAAACCUCUAAAACUGGUUUAUCUCCUUAAUUACAUUAUUGUUCUUAAAUUUUACAGAUUAGAAAAACUGGUCACAUGCUACUGGUGUAGUUUUGUGUUAUCUGACUUACAUAACGGGGAAUAAUUUACUGGGCAGUGUUUUUAUGAAGUAUCUUUUUGUAUUGACAAAUAGUCACUGAAUGCUUAACUUGGAAUAUGAGCCCUACAAAAGCUAAAAGAAACAGCAUCGUUUCCCUCCUUUUUAUAAGGGAAAAAAGUAAAUAAAAAUUUUUUGUCAAGUAAGCCUCUUUCAGGGAAUCAAAGGAUCAGCACAGAUUUAACUCCACCUCCUGGAACAUCUACAUCUAUAUUCUUAUACAAUGAAAAUUAAUGUGCCUGCAGUCCUGCCAGACCCUGAAAGUGGCUUCUGAAUCAUUAAACGAAGAUUGCAUCCUGUUCAGCAGCAUUUCUAAGUGCAUUUUAUUGUACUCUUGCUUUCUGAAAACUGAAAUUCACAUAGAAUAUAGCGCAUUUUUUGCUAUAGUGCUCAACUCUAACACUCCAUUUUCAACCAUCCUUAAUAGUCUAUAUCUAUCUAUCUAUCUACACAUAUAUUUUAACUGUAAUCUACUUAGAAAAGUGGCAAUGUUUCUCAGAGAGAAUGCAAGGUUGGAUCUAAUUUCAUUCUCCCCUGAAAAACUUUCUUCACUUUAAGAAUUUCCUGGCUGCUUCCCUGUAUUGUGGCACUCAGCCCUGUGGCAGCAUUGUCAUUUAUGCUCUUUACAGAGAGACCAGAUGACUGAAAGUGGUUGGGAAAGAAGUGCUUUGAUAAUUGGGAAAGAAUGGCAGGUAGAAAUAAAAUAGGUAAGGUAUAGAAAGCCACAAGUUUGUCAAAAUACUGCCUUUUAUUUUCACUCUGUGACCAUGUUUUUAUGACUAGAGUUGUCCUUUUUCACUGAUAAACCUUUAUUUCAAUGGUUCUCAACCAAGGUGAUUUUGAACUGCCUCCCUGCCCUCCCACCUCCUGCUGCCACCACGGGAAUACUGUACAGUGUCUGUGUAAUUUUUUGGAUUAUGACAACUGUAGGAUAUGUUACUGAUAUCUAGUGACAGAGGUCAGGGAUGCCUCUAAAUAUCUUACAUUGCACACAAAGUGCACUCUCCCUAUGACACCAAGAAUUAUCUGACCUCAGGUGUCUGUAGUGCUGAGGUCAAGAGAUGCUACUUUACAGAGACUUGACAUGUAUCUUGUUACUGAAACACUUUAAAAGUCAGCCUUUAGUGUCUGACAAAUCAAACCUCUACAUAUGAGAAUCUGGCCCUCAGAGCCUGAAAGACAUCUAAGAUCAUUUCUAAUAUACUGGGAAAUGUUCAAAUGAAUCCUUACUUUGGUUACAUUUUGUUUAUUAGUAGAUAGUUUAAAGGGAUAAGGAACAGGGAUAAUUUAUAGACAUGAAGGGUGAGGAAAGACUGAAAAGUCAUAAAAUUAUUUCCACCCUUUUCUCCAUUUGCUUGCUAAAGUGUAUGCAGAUGAUUUCUGUGGUGCCAUAUUGGAAAGGAAAUUUCACUCUCUGCAUCAUCAUUUUAUACUAUGGAGAUAGAAGUAGAGGUAUUUUUAUAGUCUACAGAAGGCCUCAGAAAGCCUAUUUACAUACUGCAUACACUUAGGCAACCCCUCACACACUUUUAACCAGGAUGCUCAUCUAGGAAAGUAGCACUGGACAAAACAACUCUGUGUAACUAUGGUGUGUAUGGUUUUCCUUUUUUAAAUAUCCUAUGUUUGCCCUGUGGCAUAAGUGGAGCUCAAGUGACUAACCUCAUUUUGAGGAUUGAGAAAUAAUCUUGCAGAGUUUGUCUAACUUGAUGGCAGAUACAUAUAUUACUAUUUUGGCUGAUUUAGACCACCCCAAAAUUAUAGCUUUCUUCUCAUUUUCUAAGUUUCAUAAGAAAUGGGGAGAGACAAGUUUUAUCUCCAGUCCUGUUUCUAACAUAUGCCGACUGUGAGAUGUGAAAGAUAUUUAGGUUUCCCUCCCUUCCCCUGGAAAAAUCAUCACCAUCAUCUUUAUCUUCAUUAUCAUCAGUAACCACUGCUUUAUAUUGAUUCCUUUCAGACAUUUCAGUAAGAAAAAAGUUUGUUCUGUGCAUGAAUUCCAACCCCACCUGGAUAUUGCAUCCUACCUGUUCACCUUGGUCUGGAUCAGGUCAUGUUAUUCCCUUUGAGUCAUUCAUGCAGAUAGAGGAAUUCUGUGUUCUGAUCUGCCAGCUGUGUCACACACCAAUAUCUGGAUCCUGCAUUAGACCCAUAUCUAGAUAAAAUGCAAGAACUCAGACAUGAGGAAGGCAAAACCAUGAAUAUUCCUGACAAUAAUAUAUGUAUGUCUUGUGGGUUGUUGCAAAAAUUUAUGAGAUUGUGUAUGUAAAGUAUUGCAUACCCGCAAGUCUGGUGUAUAGAGAGAUUUGAUACAGCAAUAGUAAUAAAAACAACAGGUAACAUUCUUUGAAAUAUAUACAAGACAAAUUUGAUUUGCAUUCCAUACAUAAAAUUACUUGGUUCUAAGACAAUGCUUAGUGCCAAUUACAGAAUGUUGGAAGUAUUUGGUGUCAUGCAGUUCAAGAAAUGAAAGGUGAGGGGAAAAGAAUUGAAAUAUCUGAUGGUAAUCUUCGUCAUGAGCAAUUUAAAGUUGAGUGAAAUUCCAGACAUUAAACAAAUUCAAAAUUAUUAGUCAUUCCUCAGUACUUUGAAAUAAAUAAAUACUAUCAAAAUCAGAAACAAAUCCAACCAUUCUAAGAUGAGCAGACAUGUUAUCUAGGAGAGAAAUAUGUAUAAAUCAUAGAGAGCGACGCUUCAAAGAAUGAGCCUGAGAAGGUUAUUUGACCAUUUUCACUUUGGGGGGGAUCCAUAUCAAUAAAGCUUAAUAAGAACUAAAAGUGAAAUUACAGCUAACUGUGAACUUAAUAAUGCCCCACGGGAGUUCAUUAAUAUCUCAACAGGUACACUGAAGCAUUAUCUUAAUUGCUCAUGAUACUUCCAAAAAUUGCCUUUUAUAAGUUUUGUGGAAACUGCCCUCUGGAACAACUGUUAGGACAUUUGUAUUGCAUUUCUUGGCUGUGCAAAUUCCCCAGGAAUGUGCAACUGUAAACCUCAUUUACCUUUCCAAAAAUAAAGACAUUCCCAGGUGACUGACUUUGUUAUAGGCACUGCUCUUAUAAAGAGGAUGAAAUCAAAAUAUAUGAAGCUAAUUUCAGAUAUUUCAUUUUUUUCCUACAUAAAUGAAAUAGUUCCUUCAUCUUUAUAAAUAUUUAAGAAUUUACUUUUGAUGACAGUCAAGUUUGUGUUAAAAUAGUGGUAGCAAUUUGGAUUUUUAACAUAUUUAUACUUUUGUAAUCUAGUCCAUAUCCCGACUUGGGUUUUCUGUUAUUUUGACAGAUUUUGACACUGAGGUGGUGCCUAAAGGGCUGUAUCUCCAAGCCCAUGGAAUCUCUUAGCCUUUAUAGUGAUUAUGGGAUAAAAUUAAAUUUAAUUUUCUCUUGUCAAUGCUUGGUACAUGAGACAUCCUUAUAAUAAAGCAGAGAUCCCCCAGAUUAGUUAUGCAUCAACGGCACCUGAGUUAAGUGAUGACCGGCGCUAUGACUUCUUCUCUCGUGUGGUCCCACCUGACUCCUUCCAAGCCCAGGCCAUGGUAGACAUUGUAAAGGCCUUAGGAUGGAAUUAUGUGUCUACUCUUGCAUCUGAAGGAAGUUAUGGAGAGAAAGGUGUGGAAUCCUUCACGCAGAUUUCCAAAGAGGCAGGUGGGCUCUGCAUUGCCCAGUCCGUGAGAAUCCCCCAAGAGCGCAAAGACAGGACCAUUGACUUUGAUAGAAUUAUCAAACAGCUCCUGGACACCCCCAACUCCAGGGCCGUCGUGAUUUUUGCCAACGAUGAGGAUAUAAAGCAGAUUCUUGCAGCAGCCAAAAGAGCUGACCAAGUGGGCCAUUUUCUCUGGGUUGGAUCAGACAGCUGGGGAUCCAAAAUAAACCCACUGCACCAGCAUGAAGAUAUUGCAGAAGGAGCCAUCACCAUUCAGCCCAAGCGAGCAACUGUGGAAGGGUUCGAUGCCUAUUUUACGUCCCGCACGCUUGAAAACAACAGAAGAAAUGUCUGGUUUGCCGAAUACUGGGAGGAAAACUUCAACUGCAAGUUGACGAUUAGUGGGUCAAAGAAAGAAGACACAGAUCGCAAAUGCACAGGACAGGAGAGAAUUGGAAAAGAUUCCAACUAUGAGCAAGAGGGAAAAGUCCAGUUCGUGAUUGACGCUGUAUAUGCAAUGGCUCAUGCACUUCAUCACAUGAACAAGGAUCUCUGUGCUGACUACCGAGGUGUCUGUCCAGAGAUGGAGCAGGCUGGGGGCAAGAAAUUGUUGAAGUAUAUCCGCAACGUGAAUUUCAAUGGUAGCGCGGGCACUCCUGUCAUGUUUAACAAGAAUGGGGACGCUCCCGGACGUUAUGACAUCUUUCAGUACCAGACCACAAAUACCACCAACCCUGGAUACCGCCUUAUCGGACAAUGGACAGAUGAGCUGCAGCUCAAUAUUGAGGACAUGCAGUGGGGUAAAGGAGUUCGGGAGAUACCCCCAUCUGUGUGUACACUGCCAUGCAAGCCCGGGCAAAGAAAGAAGACACAGAAGGGAACCCCCUGCUGCUGGACCUGUGAGCCUUGCGAUGGCUACCAGUACCAGUUUGAUGAGAUGACAUGCCAGCAUUGCCCCUAUGACCAGCGGCCCAAUGAAAACCGAACAGGCUGCCAGGAUAUUCCCAUCAUCAAACUGGAAUGGCAUUCCCCAUGGGCUGUCAUCCCUGUCUUCCUCGCAAUGUUGGGCAUCAUCGCCACUAUAUUUGUCAUGGCCACUUUCAUCCGCUACAAUGACACUCCCAUCGUCCGGGCAUCUGGGAGGGAACUGAGCUAUGUUCUGUUAACUGGCAUCUUUCUCUGCUACAUCAUCACUUUCUUGAUGAUAGCCAAACCUGAUGUGGCAGUGUGUUCUUUCCGGAGAGUUUUCUUGGGCUUGGGAAUGUGCAUCAGUUAUGCAGCCCUCUUGACAAAAACCAAUCGGAUUUAUCGCAUCUUUGAACAGGGCAAGAAAUCAGUGACAGCGCCCAGACUCAUAAGCCCAACAUCACAGCUGGCAAUCACUUCCAGUUUAAUAUCAGUUCAGCUUCUAGGUGUUUUUAUUUGGUUUGGUGUUGAUCCCCCCAACAUCAUCAUAGAUUAUGAUGAACAUAAGACAAUGAACCCUGAGCAGGCCAGGGGAGUUCUCAAAUGUGACAUUACAGAUCUUCAAAUCAUAUGUUCCUUGGGAUAUAGCAUUCUUCUCAUGGUCACAUGUACUGUGUAUGCCAUCAAGACUCGGGGUGUCCCAGAGAAUUUUAAUGAAGCUAAACCCAUUGGAUUCACUAUGUACACAACAUGUAUAGUUUGGCUUGCCUUCAUUCCAAUUUUUUUUGGCACCGCUCAAUCGGCAGAAAAGCUCUACAUACAAACUACCACGCUUACAAUCUCCAUGAACUUAAGUGCAUCAGUGGCGCUGGGGAUGCUAUACAUGCCGAAAGUGUACAUCAUCAUUUUCCACCCUGAGCUCAAUGUCCAGAAACGGAAACGCAGCUUCAAGGCGGUAGUCACAGCAGCCACCAUGUCAUCGCGCCUGUCACACAAACCCAGUGACAGACCCAACGGUGAGGCAAAGACAGAGCUCUGUGAAAACGUAGACCCCAACAACUGUAUACCACCAGUAAGAAAGAGUGUACAAAAGUCUGUUACUUGGUACACUAUCCCACCAACAGUAUAGCUAUUGCCUGCUUUCCAAAAG